GAGACGGUUCUGAAUGAGUAAUAAAGGCCCCCGGAGGUCUGGCCGAACCUCCAGCACUAACAUUCCUGGGCCAAUGAAAAUUCAAGGACUCGGAAUCUUUUCCGAGAAUUUGGUUGGAUUCCUUGACACAGCAGCUCUCUGCCACACAAAACCCUCAAAUUGCGAGAAUAACAGUCGAUCUGGCUAGCGUCACCACCAACCAUCCGCGACACUUCACAGCAGGCCCUGAACCAAGAAAUGACCAAUGGUGGCAAUGCAAUUUGCCGGCAUAGUCAUCCUCUCUGCAUGUGGUGGCUAGGGGGCAGUAACGUGACCGGGCCGAAGAGACACCCAAUGCGGCAUGGGGAGGGGUGCUCAAGGCUCAAGCUGGCCAGUUGGUGUGUGGUGGGGAGCGGAUGUGGAAACGGCUUUUCGAUUUUCAUUAUUUUUGCUGUUAGGUAUUUCUUUGCGCUGAAUUUUUGCAUGUGGGGUAGACUGUCAGAUAUCAAUUGGCUGGAAGCGCCAGGAAUGCGGGCCCUGCGCUGUAAGCAGGCGCAGUGAGUGGCCACAGCCAGCUGCCACAGACCCCGCCGAACUUGGCCCGCAUUUCGACCUUAGUUCCAGUGAGGUAAUUAUCCCAACUUUCGCUGGGCCGGCGCUAGGCGCAAUCCAGUAUGAUUGCUCUGCUUGCUGUUGGUGAUGGAGUUCAACUCCUCCGGUUCUGGUUCUGGUUCUGGUCUGGGGGAGGCAGCAGUGGAAGUGGAUCUGGGGACUCAUCAUCCCCCAACGCCAACGCCUCCUGAGUCCUGACGGUCCUGUGGAAAGCGUUUCCUCAUCCUGCUAGUACUUAAACAUUGUCUUUCCCCUAGGCCCCGUGCCUUGCCUCAAUUUUUGUUCCUUUGGACGACACAUAAAGCACCGGGACGUCAUUACCCCGUAUACCCUAAAAAAAGUUGAUAAUCUCAUAAAAGCUAUAAUUACGAAAGGACCAUCUCCCCUCCAUAACCGUCUUAUUUGACACUAUUCGAUUUUCCGAUAUUGCUGGUCGCCGUUCCUGGCUCCCUCGUGACCAUUUGCCGUCUUUAUACUAUUUGCACCGGUUUCAGACACGCUUUUCAUUCUCGACGCCGAAUAUCACCAAUUGGCCCGCAGAUUACCCACGGAUGACUCACGGUCGAUUUUGUUGACCUUUUUGCAUGCAUGAUGACCGAGUCUCCCUCUUCACCAAAUCCAACGGUCGAGACGGACCCCAAGGGAAAGCGCAAGGCCUCAACAGCAGGUCUUUCGGCGAACUCCCGUCCAGUAAAACGACGCGCCUCAAAAGCUUGCUGCUGCUGUCGGGCUCGCAAGGUUCGGUGCGAUGUGGUGGAGAAUGGCUCACCGUGCACGAAUUGCCGGCUAGACCAAGUAGAGUGUGUUGUUACGGAAAGCAAGAGGAGAAAGAAGUCUCGAGUUGAGACAGACAAUCCAAGCCAUCAGCUGUCUCAGUCGCCGGCUGAGAUCCUCGACGAUGGACUUUUUGGAAGCCUCGGGGAGAACAAUGGCAUUCCCCAUGUGACACCAACUUCUCCUUCACAGGGCUCUGUAGACUUGGAGCAAGGGCACCAUAUGCCUCAUCUACUAUAUCAAAGCCAGGUCAACAGAGUCGACUCUGGCGACCGCUUUCGAAGACGAAUGGCGCCGAACCCAUCAGUGCCAUCGACUCUUCCUCUGUCUCAUGUCACUUCACAGAUUCAGCAGCUGCUCGAUCCGACCUUCGGCAGCCCCCAGUCUGGUGGCAUCGUCUUACCCGACUAUAUCCGCGGAUUGCCGGCCCGACUUCAGAAGGAAGACAUCGACUAUCUCGCAAUGAAAGGAGCACUGACAGUGCCUGAUGUGUCAUUGCGCAACGAGCUGCUCAAGGCUUAUGUGCACUACGUACAUACGUACAUGCCUCUGUUGGAUCUGGAGGACUUCUUGCAGACAGUCGUUCAGAAUGACGGCAUCCGUCGCAUGAGUCUCUUGCUGUUCCAGGCUGUCAUGUUUGCCGGCACGGCCUUCAUCGACCUGAAAUACCUGCACGCCGCCGGCUACCCUACCCGAAAAGCAGCCCGGAAAGCGUUCUUCCAGCGCGCCAGGCUACUGUACGAUUUCGACUACGAAGUUGACCGCAUCUCCCUAGUCCAGUCUCUCCUGUUGAUGACCUAUUGGUAUGAGACGCCUGAUGAUCAGAAGGAUACCUGGCACUGGAUGGGAGUCAGCCUGUCCCUGGCCCACACUAUCGGUUUGCAUCGUGAUCCUGCCAACUCUCGCAUGGACAUCCGGCGCCAACGAAUGUGGAAACGCAUUUGGUGGAGCACGUACACUCGUGAUCGCUUGAUCGCUCUGGGAAUGAGACGUCCCAUGCGCGUCAAGGAUGAUGACUGUGAUGUUCCCAUGCUCACACUUGAGGACUUUGAAUUCCACCCAUUUUCGCCUGAAAUUGUGAACAUGGUCGGCAAUUCAGAGAUCCUCCAGAGUGUGAGCCACCAGCGAGAGCUGGCCUCGAUGUUUAUCGAAAAGGCGAAGCUCUGUCUCUGCGUCAGCCAUGUUCUUUCUGCGCAGUACUCUGUUCUGAGCCACAAAUUCGGUGGCACAAUGGAAACCACUAUGAUGCUGGUCCCCAAGAAAUCAGCAGCAGAGACGUUUGAAGUGCGACGCUGUGAUCAGGAGCUGGAGGAUUGGCUGGCCCAUCUUCCCACAGAGAUCCAGUACUCUCCCUCGGCGCCGACGAAGCUCAGCGAGGCCAACGAAGUCUUGCAUUCUCACCGUGCGUUGCUCAAGAUGGUCUACCUGACGACCUCGAGUGCUCUUCAUCGACCCCAAGUCCUCCCCGCUGUCCCAUUCCCCUCCAUGGACACCGAGUUGCAGGACAUCUCACGGAACAAGGUCCGCUUCGCUGCCAUUGAAAUAACUAAUAUCGCCCAAGACCUGCAUAGCCUUGAUCUCACCCGCUACUUCCCCACCACCGGUGUCACUGUGCUACUUCCCGCCGUCAUCAUUCACCUCCUCGAUAUCAAGUCCAGCGACCCGAAUGUUAGGAUGACCAGCCUGCAACGCUUCUACCAAUGUAUGCGCAUUCUUCAGCGCCUGAGGGAAAUUUAUGCCUCAGCCGAUUUCGCGACCUCCUUCUUGGAAGCCGCAAUCAGGAAAGCGGGUAUCCAACUCACAGUGCCGCCGCAAGAAUUGCAAAACCGUGCGACGCGCGACGCUACCUCCCGGGAUAGCGCCUUGACGCCGCCCCCGGACUCUCUAGCCCAGAAGAUACCUGAUCUCACAUACCCGAAGGCGGAUUCUAACAGGGCAACUGCCCUGCAGUUAGACGAGGCGCAGGCGUUUGCAUCCACCCCACCGCCGUCUGACGGCAGCGACAACGGAAGCACGAACAACAUCAACCCGAAUUACCACCGCGACGCCUUUGCCAUUCCCAACAUUGACGACCCUGAGUUGAGUCUCAGCCAGCUCAUGGAUCUGGCGAAUGAUGCCGAGGUGACGCAGAACGAUUUCGAUGCAUUGAUCAACUUUGACGACGCUGGUGCCGACUUUUUUUCGUCGGAGAACGGCAUGGAGAAUGCACCGGCUGAUGUUGCCACCACCAAGGGGUUCCCAUUCACCUUUUCCGACAUGUUUGAGACUGGAGAUAAAGGCGUCGAUUUGAGCGGCUUGUGCGAGGUGCAAGCCACCAACGGCGACGCGCUCCAAACCGAGACACGCAAACAUGAUCUGGACCUUGGACUAAGUCUGGGCGCUUAACUCGUUUGAGUAUCCAGGAUACGAUGAUGUUUCUGUUCAUUACCUUUUCAUCUGAUUUCUCUUGCACAUAUUUCUUCCACAUACGGGACGCUUGGGAAGCAUAAACACGGAGUUUGCUUUUGGGAAAUGAUGACACCUCAGGGACUAUUGGGAAUUUGCUUUCAUUUCAUUUCUCUUUCUCGGCUUGCGCUGGGGGGACUGUUUUAUCACUGUAUAGAGAGGUUAAUUUCAAAAGUAGGACAUGAGAAUACGACGAUUUAUAGCUUAACUGUUUGGCUUGCAACGACACAGUAGUAGGAAUGAUGGGUCAAAGUCUUGGAGAAGUGCGCGAAUUCCUGCAGCUUUUGGCUAAGCAACCCAAGCCUUGCAUUGGCGUUCUUGGAAAUUCCUUGUGUGUACUUUUGUUUAGCCUCGGCCUUCUCCGUCUCCCCAUCUCAUCGCUUCCCCCUCUUCUUUAAUAUCCAACUCUUAUCAGUACGCAAUAACAGCCUCUUGCCAGGCAGGUCCAAAUUGAAAUCCCCACCAUUUCCCUCAACGCCCAGCCAGGUAGCUAAACUGUUCAGGAAGGUCGGCAUCUCAGCAAUGCUACGAUCGCCGAUCAUUUCCCCUCACCUGCGCCUAGACAAGCCACUGCCUCUGAAGUACCCACGCAGAAUGGUGCGAUCUGCAAGGUCAGCACAGCAACCGUAGACCAGGCUCCAAGCUGACUGGCCCGUUCAGAUGCAAGCCCCUGAGGUUUUGUUGUCACCAUCCUGUUUGGGACGACGUCAGCAAACCCCAGUGCUACCUGCUUAUCAACUACUACGGUAGAACUUAGAAGCAUGGGGGCCGUCGCUGAUUCAAACGGGUCUGGCUGCCGGUGCGGCGGAUGGCCGCUGGCUCAUGGCUGUACUUGUCGAUCCGUUCGCGUGCUGUAUAAAAGGGCCUAAUGGCCCCUUCAUUGUUGGCGUUCUUCUUCUGCAUCCCAGGCGGAAGUUCCAUCUACGAAGGAGGAUUGAACGAAGCUCGUCAUGUCUCGUUUCAGCUUCCUUGCUCUGCUAUCCCUGGCUACAGCCUCCUUGGAUUCAUCCCACGAGCAUCCCAGGUACUCCAUCGAUCGGCGUCAGCUGCCUCAGGAUCCAACCGGUGUCAAAACUAUCGAGACACCCAAUGGCGUGACUAUCCGGUACAAGGAGCCCGGCAAAGAGGGUGUCUGCGAGACCACCCCUGGCGUCAAUUCUUACUCUGGAUAUGUCGAUCUCUCGCCGGAGUCUCACACCUUUUUCUACUUUUUCGAGGCAAGAAAUAACCCAGCGACUGCGCCGAUUACCCUUUGGUUGAAUGGGGGUCCUGGAAGUGACUCGCUCAUCGGUCUAUUCGAGGAGCUGGGGCCGUGCUCUAUCAACGAGAACCUUACGACAGACGUCAACCCUUACUCGUGGAGCGAGGUCUCGAACCUCCUCUUCAUCUCUCAGCCAUUGGGAGUCGGAUUUUCAUAUGCCGAAACCGAGGAGGGCUCGCUCAACCCCGUUACUGGUGCUGUUGAGGACGCCUCGUUUGCUGGUGUCCAGGGUCGCUACCCCAAGAUCAAUGCUACGUUGAUCG